AUGUCAAGUGUAAUGCAAUUCUUAGACGGUGUAGCCACUCUUCCUCAUAACUUGCUUGAACUUGUGAACGCUCGAAAAAUUGAUGGAGGAUUUGAUGCUUUGGGUGAAGCAACUGAGUCUCCAGGGGACAGUAGUAACACUUUUUCUUCCGUCAUGACGGAAUCGUUUGUCUCUGCCUUUGUCCUCUGUCCCACGAGAGGUUUGUCCAAUGUUGACCCCACACAGUAUCUAGGACUCUUCAACUCCAGCAACAUGGGAGAUCCAUCGAAUCACAUAGUAGCUGUUGAGCUUGACACCGUACAAACCGCUGAGUUUAAUGACAUAGAUGCUAACCAUGUUGGUAUUGACAUAAAUAGUGUGGUCUCAGAGGUAGCUUCUUCAGCAGGCUAUUUCAUGGAUGAUGGUACAUUUGUGAAUCUCUUCCUCUCUAGUGGAGAACCUAUGCAGGUUUGGAUUGAGUAUGAUAGUAAACAGAAGCAGCUUAAUGUCACACUUCAUCCUCUGCAUGUCUCUAAGCCAAAGAAUCCUCUCCUUUCUCUACAAAAAGACCUCUCUCCUUAUAUACUUGAGUUUAUGUAUGUUGGAUUCUCUUCAUCCACUGGUAUAAGAACUUCAUCUCAUUAUAUAUUGGGUUGGACGUUCAAGAUUAAUGGGACAGCUCCAGAUAUAGACACUUCUCACCUUCCAGAGGUUCCUCGUUUUGAUCAGCCAAAGGACCAGAGUGAAAAGGGGGUUCUGGCUGUAAGUUUGAUCUUAUCAGGCAUCACAAUGCUCAUCGUCUUGAUUCUUGGCUUAUGGCUUUUCUUGAAGAGGAAAAAGCUAUUAGAAGUUCUUGAGGACUGGGAGGUACAGUUUGGUCCUCAUAGGUUUGCUUACAAAGUUCUACACACUGCUACAAAGGGGUUUAAGGAAACUGAGCUUCUUGGUAAAGGCGGGUUUGGGAAAGUCUUCAAGGGUACAUUGCCAGUUUCCAACAUAGAGAUUGCAGUAAAGAUGGUUUCUCAUGAUUCAAGACAAGGCAUGAGAGAGUUCAUUGCUGAGAUUGCAACCAUUGGCCGCCUUAGACACCCUAACUUAGUUAGGCUUCUUGGAUACUGUAGACGCAAAGGUGAACUCUACUUGGUGUAUGAUUGUAUGCCCAAAGGUAGUCUUGAUAAGUUCCUCUACCAUCAUCAUAAUGAGAAACUUGAUUGGUCAGAGAGAUUCAAGAUAAUCAAAGAUGUAGCUGCUGGACUCUACUAUUUGCAUCAACAAUGGGUACAGGUGAUUAUCCACAGGGAUAUUAAACCAGCUAACAUCCUUCUUGAUGGAAGUAUGAAUGCAAAACUUGGUGACUUUGGUCUUGCUAAGCUAUGCGAUCAUGGGAUUGAUCCUCAAACAUCUUAUGUGGCAGGUACGUUAGGGUAUAUCUCACCUGAGCUUUCAAGAACAGGAAAGGCAAGCACAAGCUCAGAUGUAUUUGCAUUUGGAGUGGUGAUGCUAGAGAUUGCUUGCGGGAGAAAACCGGUACUGCCACGAGCAUCGGAAAGCGAGAUGGUACUGACUGAUUGGGUGCUAGAGUGUUGGGAGAAUGGAGAUAUAAUGCAGGUUCUUGAUCAAAAUAUUGAGCAGGAAAAUAUUGAGGAACAAGUAAUGCUUGUUCUGAAACUGGGCUUGCUCUGUUCCCAUCCAGUUGUAGCCAUCAGACCAAACAUGUCUAGUGUCAUUCAGUUCCUGGACAGUGUAGCUCAACUUCCUCAUAACUUACUUGACAUUAUGUCAGCUCAAGAACUCAAUAGAGGUAAUGAAAACUUAAGUGAAGAAGCUGAUUCUCCUGAGUCCAGUUCUGUUGCUUCAUUGACCUUCACUGAAUCCUUUGUCUCUCAUGGACGGUAA